UUGGAGGGCCUUGAGACCAGGAGGAAACAUUUCCAGCUGCUCUCUGGCUCCUCCUGCCUCAGUCUCCAAAACACCCUGAUGGACUGGCUUCACACUGGCAAGCCCAAAGCAGGGCUGUGGAACCCCAGGACAUUUGUUUGGGGAACUUGCACCCUUCCAGUGCUGUAGCCUCCAGCUAAGUCUUCUGCUGACUUCUCACUUCCCCCCAGUCCCAUUGGAGACCUGGAUGCUAGUGGUCAGUUGACAUGGUGAACCACUUUCAGGGUACCUGCCCUCAGAGUCAGGAACAUUGCCACCCUUACCUUGGGACUCGGAAGUCACUUGCAACAACAGCUCCAGCUGGCAGCAUCAACACCCACCAGUGUAUCCAGCUUGUGCGAAGUCUCUGAAAUGCCAACUAUGUCAAGACCUGCACUUGAUGUCAAGGGUGGGACCACCCCUGCGAAGGAGGAUGCUAACCAGGAGAUGAACACUCUGGCCUACUCGAACCUGGGCGUGAAAGAUCGCAAAGCAGUGGCCAUCCUGCACUAUCCUGGGGUUGCCACUAAUGGAGCCAAGGCCAGUGGAGUUCCCACUAGUUCCUCUGGAUCACCAUCUCCAAUAAGCUCUCCUACUGUCACCCCUCCUACCAAACCCCCACCCUUCAACCUGCACCACCCCGCUCCUCACCUGCUGGCCAGUAUGCAGCUGCAGAAGCUCAAUAGCCAGUAUCAUGGAAUGGCUGCAGCGGGUGCUGCUGUCACUGCUACUGCCACUCCAGGCCAACAGGGGGAGGCAGGAUCCCUGCAAAACUGGGGCUUUGGGGCUCAGGCAGGAGGGGCUGGAGGGGCCGGAGGGGCAGGAGGGGCAGGAGGGGCAGAAGUACUCCCUCCUUCUGCAGGUGCCCAGAGCCCUGCUAUCAUUGAUUCUGACCCUGUGGAUGAGGAGGUACUGAUGUCUCUGGUGGUGGAACUGGGACUAGAUCGAGCCAAUGAGCUUCCUGAGCUGUGGCUGGGGCAGAAUGAGUUUGAUUUCACUGCAGAUUUUCCCUCUGGCUGCUGAUGCCAAGUGCCCCCCUUAAAGAUUAAGGAACAAAGCCACCAAUUCUGUUGUAAAUAAAAGUGACUUGCAAAGAGA